ACAUGCAGCCUGAAUACACGGUACUGACACACAGCAGGACUCUUGUCGUCUUUAUAAUACAACACGCACUAUAACAUGGUGUCAGAAGUCCAAGCAGGACCCGAUUAUGCCCCACAUUCUGUCUGUUGUUGAGACAGUGUGCAUUUAUCUGUCUUGGUGAGUUUUAGCAGUUUCAGUUAGCCUGUUAGCUUUAGCACCGCGUUGGUAUAAUGGCAUCCAACAUCCCGCCUCCGGAGCCAAUGAAGAUGGCUGGAGACACUCACGGCAACUGGAAAAACUUCCGAGCAGAGUUUGAGGAUUAUCUGCUGGCGACGGGGCUCAACGAGAAGGAGAAGCCCGUCCAAGCAGCGGCGCUGAGACGGCUAAUGGGGAACGGCUGCCUCCAUGUUUACAAAUACAACCUGGGACUCACUGUCGACCAACAGAAAGAUGCCGGUGCUAUUCUGGAGGCACUGGAGGGAUACUUCACCCCCCCGAAGAAUGUCACAUUCGAGAGUCCUGAGCAGGAAGUCCAGAAGAUCUUCAAAUCCAAACACCCAAUGGACACUGAGGUCACCAAAGCCAAGAUUAUAGGUUUUGGUGUGGGUUUGCUGGAGGGCGUUGAUCCUAACCCUGCAAACUUUGUCGGAGCUGGAGUGGUCCACACUAAAUGUUCUCAGGUGGGAUGUCUUUUCAGGCUGGAACCCAACACACAAGCGCAGGUAGAACACACACACACACACAUAUAUGGUGUGUGUGGUUCCUCUCUGUUCUUUGUUCAGUGUAAAGUAUUUUGUUUUUUUAAUGCAACGGAAAUGAAAUGUACUUUUGGCACAUAGCUUCACUGCCUCCACUGCUACGCUCUUGGAAGCCCAGCACACUAGUGAUUUAUAUAUAUAUAUAUAUAUAUAUAUAUAUAUAU